AUGUGUUCAGCGCUGAAUGUGAGAGAGUUCAUCAGGCAGCGGCUCGCUGCUGCUGCGGAGGAAAUCUUCGGAGUUUUUGAGAAAACCGUCAUUCAGUAUGAAGAAGAGCUGGACCGCCAGCGCAGGUUGAUGGAGACGAGCUGGGAAACACAGAUCCCUCAGCGACCAGCAGACUUUCCACAGCAACACAUUCAUCUGCAACAGGAGGAGCUUCCUGCCGAGCAGCUGCUCUGCCACCAGCAGGAGGAGCCAAAACCUCCACAGGUCAAAGAGGAGCAGGAGGAACCCGGCAGCAGUCUGCAGACAGAUCAACUGGAGGCGGAGGAAGAGUCCAAAACCUUUCUGGUGGCGCUUCUAUGGUCUCCAGAGUCUGCAUCAGGAAGGAGGGAAGGCUGUAGAUCUAGGAUCCACAAAGACAGAACAGAUUCUUCAGGAAGGACCAGAAGUCGAUGGCAGAGAGAUCAACCAGGACGUUUAUCCGGUUCUGGCAGUCAGAGUGUUUCUCAGGCAGGACGCGCCGCCAUAAAAUGUGGCGUCUGUGGAAAAGUCUUUAGGAAAAACUAUCACCUGAAGAUGCAUCACAUGAGCCACACGGGAGUGAAGCCGCACGUCUGCAACGAAUGCGGGAAAUCUUUCAAAGCCGCGUCCACUCUGAGAUAUCAUGCCAGGAUGCACACGGGCGAGAGGCCAUACUCCUGUGAGACGUGUGGGAAAAGCUUCAGGGGCAGCUACAGCAUGUUGGUCCACAUGAGAACCCACACUGGGGAGAAGCCAUAUCUGUGCAACACCUGCGGGAAGAGAUUCACCAACUCAUCAGCCUUCAAGUGGCACACCGCCAUCCACAUGGGCGACCGAAGGUAUUCCUGCCAGAUCUGUGGGAAAAGCUUCACCCAGAGUGGAAACCUGAAGGCUCACGUGAGGACGCACACCGGCGAGAAGAAGCACUGCUGCAAAACCUGUGGGAAACGUUUCAGUCGGAGCAACAGCCUGAUUGUCCACAUGAGGACGCACACAGGAGAGAAGCCGUACUCCUGCAGCUCGUGUGGGGAGAGGUUUCAAUACGCUGCAAAGCUGAAAAAAACACGCCACAACGCACCUGCAUUGAGGACGACGUGUCUGUCCAACGCAGAGGGGACGAGUGUCCCGAAACAUCUGCAGGGACAACAGGUGGCGUUGGGAAACGUGAAGUAAAUCAAAGCUGUGUGAGUUUCCAACAUCUUCAGCAAUCUGCAACAGAACCAGAACACUGAGCCUCACAGACAGGUGGGAACCGGCUCCUCUACUGGCCAACUGUGGGAAAAGUUCUGAAGAACAUUUUAGUUCUGAUGAGUUUGAGAUGAAUGAUGUUUUAUGUCUGGAAGGUUGAAUCUAAACAGCAGAACGUCACAGAUGACCUGGAGGACAUUAAACGACAACAGUGUCUUCAGUCAGAGGCUUCUGCUGAUUCACUGUAACAGACUGCUACAGGAGAUCCUCCCUGCCACAGACAUCAACCUCAUCAACCUCAUUAACCUCAUCAACCUCAUCAACCUCAUCAACCUCAUCAACCUCUGCAUCGCUUUGACGUUGAGUAAUAACGUAUAAAUAUCUGUCAUUUUGUUCUUUACAGUAAAGAAUCUUUUUUUGUAAAUUUUUCCAGUUUUACUAAAAACCUGUUUUCCUUUUUCUGUAACAAGCCUGAGAGAAAUAAAUCUGUAGAA